AAGCCAGUUGCGAGCGACAGUCGAUUCUGUGAUUCGACAGGCACGCUCGUGUCGACCUGUCUUUGUCAUAUUUUUAUUUAUCAAAAUUAAGUAACAAUCGCAUAAUACAACAAAGUUUACAUUUGGUAUCGUUGUAAAAUCAGUGACUUAGUAUUAUUUGUGCUAUCGCGCGCGUGCACGUAACUAUUUGCAAAUUGAACAACUUGAUAACUAUUCACCCAUCGAAUUUCGGUGUGGAUUUUUUGGGUUUGAACAAUCGUGACAUGAGUUUGCUGCAGAUUUUCACAUAGAUCGGAAACGGCUUACGUAGACGAGUAGCGGUAAAACGCCGCCCGCGCCGCACGCAAGUUCUUGUUUUACAUUGAGUAACCGUCAGGUUUCUAAAAAGUGCUUUCGACGCGUUCCGACUCAAACUUGAAUGUCAAUUUUGGACAUUACCGAACGUCGUGGGGCCCUGUAGUGUGGCGCGAACCUGUUGAUACAAGCGAAUUCCGUUACUGCAAUUAGUAUGCAAGUGUGAACUGUAUCUGAGAUAUAGUGACUGUUAGGCGAGGUGGACUGUUGUGUGACCGUGGUAGCAUUGCAUGGCGCGAUGAUCAACGGGGGCUGGGUGUGCGCACUGCAUGUGCGCACUGCGGGACUCGGGGGCGCCGCACUCGGUUCCGACGAGGAAGAGAUCGUAUACCUGGCGUAUAUCGUCAUUGACGUGCAAACUAACCAGAUUAUUGGAGAAAGGGAGUAUGCGGUUAGACCGACGAGACGGACGUCAGAGGAGCUGCAAACGGGACAGCCAUUAGAAGUUAUAAUACAACAGUUCGACGACUUUAUCCAGUCACUCCAAGUGGACCCCCACUCCCCCCUGUUUAGGCUAGUCACAGAUGGACAACCACCACUAAGGCAAUGCUUGCACCCAGAAGCUUGCAGCAAAGACAUCAGCCUGCCCACAUACUACGCGCGCUUCCACGACCUGCGCAAGGAGUACGUGCGAGCGUAUACACUGAGGGCGGUCACUCCGAGGGCGCAACCGCCCCCUCCACCCCCGGACCACCCGGGGUCCCUCCUCGAUAUGCUGAACUAUUUAGGUAUACCGCCGUACACAGGAGAAAAUUUCUACGCUGGGGAAGUUAAAGACAUGGCCAGCAUCAUCCAGAGGAUAAUUACAGAUGGCUUCCGGUUAGAGUUACCAGAGACGAUCGACUUAGUUUUAGAAACUGGAAUUUGCUCAAAGGACGAUGAGAUAGACGGAAAUUGUAUAGUAAGAGCACGCGGCUUGCCCUGGCAGUCUUCUGACCAAGACAUCGCCAAAUUCUUUCGAGGACUCAAUGUUGCCAAGGGUGGCGUAGCUCUCUGCCUAUCACCGCAAGGGCGACGCAACGGAGAGGCUCUAGUGCGUUUCGUGUCUCAGGAACAUCGCGACAUGGCGCUAAAGCGGCAUAAACACCAUAUUGGCCCGCGGUACAUUGAGGUAUACCGAGCUAGCGGCGACGAUUUCCUCUCAGUCGCUGGCGGCGCGACGUGUGAGGCGGCCGCGUUUCUCUCCCGCGGCGCGCACGUCAUAGUGCGCAUGCGCGGCUUGCCCUAUGACGCUACACCUCAACAAGUGCUGGAGUUCUUCUCAACCGGCGACGACCCAGUACAAGUCCUGGACGGGGAAGACGGAGUACUAUUCGUCCGACGCGCGGACCGCCGCGCCACGGGGGACGCUUUCGUGCUAUUUGCUAAGGAGGAAGAUGCGCCUAAAGCACUGUCUAGACAUAGGAAACUUAUUGGCGCGAGAUAUAUAGAACUGUUCCGGUCUACUACAGCUGAGGUGCAACAGGUCCUCAACCGGUCGCUAGAGACCCGUACAAGCCAGUCCAGCACCCCCUCGACCGCGACCCAGCCCACUGAGGGGUUGCUACCUGUGGCGCUGGUACCCCAACAUGUGAUCACAUCGGGCACAGCAAAGGACUGUGUUCGGCUGAGGGGUCUACCGUACGAGGCUCAGGUGGAACACAUCUUAAGCUUCUUAGAUGAAUUUGCCAAAAAUAUCGUAGUACAAGGUGUACAUAUGGUGUACAAUGCUCAGGGCCAUCCAAGUGGAGAAGCUUUCAUACAAAUGGACAGCGAGACGAGUGCGUACCUCUGCGCGCAACAGAAGCACCACCGCUACAUGACCUAUGGCAAAAAGCAGCGGUAUAUCGAGGUGUUCCAGUGCUCCGGCGACGACAUGAACCUAGUGCUGACCGGCGGCGUCACCCCCGCCACGUCGCCCAAGGUGCUCUCGCCCGGUACGUUGCUCCCCCCCGCGCCCGCGCCCCGCCUGCUCGCGCACCACAUCGCGCACCAGAGCCUGCUCGCGCGCCAGCACGAGAACCUCCUCCUCGCCUCCCUCCGCCCGCCGCUUUACCUCCCCUACCCGCCGCGCUCCCCCGCGCCCGCGCCCUACUCCCUCCCGCUCCUCCCCGCCAAGCGGACGUACGACCGCGCGUUCACGCCCGCGGAGCCGGCGCCCGCGAAGCGCCAGUACGUGCAGCCGCAGAUCCCGAUGUCCCUCCCGAUGCUGUCCUACGCGACGUCCAAUCCGAUAUUUUCGUACGCGAACACGUCGCCGAUGCUGUCGACGUACAAUGUGCCAGCCAUGCCGACGGCUCUGCCGGCCGGCUACGGGGCUACGCUGUCCGCGGGUCUGCCGGCGUCGCUGUCCAAUCCGUUCCCCGCCGGUUUAUCCAUGUUCCCGACGUACCCGUACUAUCCCGGAGUUUAAGUAGCUCACUUGUACAUAUUGGAUCGCGAUUUAACUUCGUCAUUUAUAUGAACUCAAUCGAUGUAUAAAGUUCAAUAUAUACCAAAACCAUAUAAUUGCGUAUUAACGGAUCAACGUUUUUAAAGACCGAACGUAUACAGUACAAGGGCAAAAAAAUUUUCGCGAUGAAUUCUAUAUUUUGGCAGCUUUACUCGGCCGCUACUUCUGUCAUUUCCGUUCUAUUCAGGAUUGAAAUCAUAAGGUUUGCUAGUUUGUAGGUUUGUUUUUAUUACAGCCGGCACCCGCCGCAUACAGGGUAAGACAUAUGACAAGCUCAGCGCAGGCGAAGUGCCUUCGUUUAAAAUGAAUUUACUUACGCUAAUAGCAGUUAUUGCAGCUUAUAGAUAAGUUUUUGAAAUCAGUUUUUUUUUUGUUGAAUUUUACUGACUUUAAUUAUUGUUGAAUUCUUGAAGUUUAUUUUAAGGAAAUCGGAGGUUGUUAAUCAUUGACAAUUAAGUAGUGUAGUUUAUAGCUAUCUGUUUUUUUUUUACUUUUUUUUGCGUGAUCGUUAUACGUUGUGAUUUAUAUUUAGACAUUCCAUUUUUGAAAUAUGAACAUUGCCGAUUUUUUAAGGCUGAUACUAAGUCUGAGAUAGGUACUUAUAAAAUAUAUAUUUAGGUACUUAAUAUACACGUAGUUUUUCAGUACAAUGCACUUUUUGUGAUUAGUUUACACAUUUUUAUAUUUUAUUGUGAACGUUUAUGGCAACUUUGUUGAUGUACUUUAGCGGUAAUGAUUUUUAGAUUAUUUUUAGGUUUAUUUUCUAAUGAUAAUGAAUUAACGUUAUGAGAGCGCGUUAUAGUAUCGUCAAACGGUACCUUUUCCUUAACUUAGUCCUGUCCAAAUCCUUCCGAAACCCAAAAAACUCAUUCCACCUUUCACCCUUAACAAAUAAAGGUUAUAGAUAAAAAAAGAAUACUAAAUUGGCUAUCUAUGGACACGAUAAAAAUCUAGUUAACGUCAUUGUGUCUGGUGUUACCAUUGUCUUAAAUUCACAUAGGUAUGGGGGCUUAAGUCACAUAUACAUGGUGUUAUGGCUAAUCUUUGUUCUGUCAUCUCUAAUUAUAAUAAAAAAUUGCAAAUUUACUAAUAAAUCAACGUUAAAAAAACGAUACAUGAAACUUGACAGUUAUUGCUAAAGUUGCAAUUUUUUAAUUUUCUAGAAUAAAUCAGAAUAUGUGUUUAUUAAUCGUUAAAAACUUUGUAUUUGUAUCCGAACGGUUGUGUGAUGGAAAAUGAGCAUGGAUGGUUAAGAUUUCGGUAAGUUUCUUUGCAGAAUUCGUUACCUUUCAUUGAUCAGUGAAAUUGCAAAACCUAAAAACGUCAUAACCCAACUUUCAUUUCAAAUAAUCUUUCUAACUGUUCAUAAUUUUUCUUUUAUCUGAUUUAUUAUAAUUUUCAUCAAACUCAAUAGUUAAAUGGCACCAAACCCUAAAAGAUGUUUGUUGCCAUAUAACUAAACACAUGGCCGCCUAUAGAGGGGUGAUUGAAUUGUUACCAACUUAUAUUCCAGGACUUGUCAAACCUUAUUUCUUACUUCGUAAAACCAGAAUUAUACUUGCUGAAUUCAUAUCUACAUAAAUUUAUAGCUUUUCAGAAGUACACUGCACUAUCUUAAUUUACGUAUAUCUUAAUUUACGUAUCCAAGUACUAAAUCAUAGUAACAUUAAAAUCUUACAACCAUCUCCAUGAAACAUACCCAUUAUUUCAUCUAAUACUCCAAGUGUCAGAAGGCUACAGGUAAGUUGGUAACAAAAUCACUAACACCUUAAUAUAUAAUUAACUGGUUCAUUGGGUUGUGACGUCACUGGCAGUUUGACUGAAACAAGGGCAGCAUGAUCCGCUUAAGGAUAGGGUUUAAGAUUGUGUGCAUGGCUCCAAGUAUAAUACAUGUUUUCAUAAACCGUUUUCCUGAACACUUCGCGGUCGGAUACACAAUUGCGUAUCUGUAUUUUAUGUUUAAUACGAAAUGUACACGAGAUUAGCUUAUCUUGGCAUUAUGGUAUUUACUAAGGUUGUCUGGGACUUUCGCCAUUUAUCAUUAUAUAUAACUAUUUUCGGAGACGUGACAUACAAAAUGGCACAAGUAAUUUUAGAUAUCUUGACAAUGUCGACCAGCUUAUUCCCGCUUGACAUCGAAGUGUGAGACAACUUGUAAGCUUUAGAUGUAUUUACCCGCUUAGUGGAGGUUGAAGUACUCUAUAGCUGAGGUACUACUAAAAGUUUUGUAGAUGGUUUUAUGGCAACAUUCAUGUUUUGUAAGGCUUCCCGGUACAAUAUAAACGCAUAAGUGGUCUGAGGUGUCCUUGAAUAUAUUGGCGAAAUCGACUUGACAUUAGAAUUCUCUUUGGUCUAUAUGUCAAGUCGAUCUUGUCUAUGGACGUUCUGAAAGCCUAGAAUACUGGUCAGUUAUAAAUACUAUGCUAGUAUGGUAAUAAUAUCUAGAAUAAUGGGUUAUAUUUCGAAACAUAACCUGAAAACUUAAGUAACUGUGGAUACUCUCCAGUCAUUAACACAGCCAGUGCUGAUAAAUUAAAUACGAUAUAGGCCUGUGUUCAUUGAGCAAUGUCGGUACUGGAUCACUGGACUAGAUCUUAUACUGCAUCUGGCUUACCUUCUCUUAUAUUUACGUCUCAUGUCUUCCUUCUUGCUUUCCUUAUUCGAAUUAUCUAUUAUCUAUGGGCCUUUUGUGGAAACAUCUUUUUUAUACAAUGUGUAGUGACUGGAGAUCACUAAAUAUGCCACUUUCUUGUAAUACAAUAAUUCUUUGAUCACUUAUAAAAUUAACAGCCUUCACUUCAUGUUACAUUUAAGCAAACUGAAUUUCUAAUAGCAUAAGGAAUCGUAAGUUUAUUCUAAUACUGUUAGAGCCUUAUCAUAAUUAUAUUAGUUGGUUAAUUUUAGUUUAUUUUAUACUUAAUAAAUCGAUUUUCGUUAGAUCGUGA